AUGGAAGAUUUCAUCAAACACACCAAGAAUGAUGACGACAACAAGUGGGAGCGCGAGCGCCUCUCCGGCCAGCACGAUGUCAUGAUGGCCGCCAUGGGCGACCCCAUCUACGCUCCCCUCGAUUUCUCCGAGCCGGGCCUGCGCAUCAUCGACUCCGGCACCGCCGACGGCUGCUGGAUUCUGCACAUGCGCAGCCUCUACCCCGUCAAGCACGAGUACGUCGGCACCGACAUUGACGAGGCCCUCUACCCAGACCCGGCCCCCGAAGGCACGCGCUUCCAGAAUCAGUCCAUCCACGACGCCUUUCCUACCGACUGGGCAGAAUCAUUCGAUCUCGUGCAUCAGCGCCUUGUAAUGGCCGCGGCGCCACCGCAAACCAUUGCGGCAGUCGUGUCGCGGCUCGCGGGCCUGCUCAAGCCCGGGGCGUGGAUGCAGCUCGUCGAGGUCGACAUUGACUCUGUCCCCGAAAACGGCCCCGCGCUCAAGCAGUUUUUGCACUUUGCGCAGUCCAUGUCGUCGUUUAGCGGCAUGGGGCCAAACCUGGCCAAGGAGCUGGUUGGCGCCAUGCGGGACGCCGGUCUAACGGGCGUGGAGGAGCGCUCUGUCGAUAUUCUGCACGGCAAGAGCAACCCUAACCCAGAGCUGAAGCAGAAGAGCACCGAAAGCCUCUGCGGAGCCGUACCGCCGCUUGUGCAGGGCGUGAAGAUGAUGCUUCCGAACGAGUUUACUGAGGAUGCAAACAACUUGCAAGCUCAGUUGCGCAAAGAGUUAUCUGAAGAAGGCGGAAAAACAAAGAUUAGGGUGGUCUGGGGUCAAAAGGCAUGA